AUGGACAAGACUGCUAUUGUUUGGGACGGGGCCAAGGGCCAGAAGUUAGGAACGUUGAAGGGUCAUACUGGGCCUAUCACAUGUGGGACUUGGCAGCCUUUCCAUCUACUGAGUGAUGGACAGUUAGUGCCCAAUAUCGCUACUGGGUCAAAGGACAUGAGCAUAAGGGUUUGGGAUGGUGCGAACUACACUGUAAAGUAUGUCCUUACGUCUCACACAGCACCGGUGACGUGUUUACGGUGGACAGGAGAAGACUAUAUAAUAUCUGGCAGUCGUGACCGCAUGUUGAAGGCUUGGUCGACGAAGGACGGUCGCAUGUUAAGGGAGUUCAAAGGUCAUGCUCAUUGGGUCAACACAGUGUGUUGCAAUACGGACUAUGUCACGUUGAAGACUGGUUGCUUUGGUGAGAAGGACCAACCGGCUACGGCUGAGACAACUGUGCCUGAGCUCAAGGAGAGGGCCUUGCAAAGGUAUAACAAGAUGAUUAAGCAAACAGGAGGUGUGGGUGAGAGGAUCCUAUCGGGUAGUGAUGAUUUCACAAUGUUUCUCUGGAGCAUGGACAGUAAGUGCAAGAAACCCUUAUGUCGUUUGACGGGCCAUCAGAAGGUGGUGAAUAAUGUCCAGUUCAGCCCCGAUGGCCGUAUGAUCGCCAGCGCUAGUUUCGACAAGUCCGUGCGCCUAUGGGAUGGCGUAACAGGAAAGUUCAUCUGUGCUCUACGUGGUCAUGUUGCUGAUGUUUAUAUGGUGUCAUGGUCAGCCGAUAGUCGUAUGCUUGUUUCUGGCUCUAAGGAUUCCACUGUGAAGGUCUGGGAUGCUGGCAAGAGGAAGCUGAAGGAGGACCUGCCCGGUCACGCUGAUGAGGUCUUCGCGGUGGAUUGGAGUGGAGAUGGUGCCCGAGUGGUCAGCGCUGGUCGCGAUAAGGUUGUUAAAAUAUGGAAGCACUGA